GACUUAUUAUUAUCACACUAGAAAGCAUUAUCUAAUUGAUGGGUCCCUCGAUUUCUCUAUAUAUGUUGUUAGCUAGUGAAUCCCAGUAGAGAAAGCAUAGCACACUAGUCAUGGCAACCAUUGAUCAACCUUUUCUAGACUCUCCCAAACCCUCUCACCGCAAAAUUCUCUAUCUGAUUCUCGCCAUACUAACCUCAACCGCAAUACUUACGUUUCACUUGACUCAAAAAAAGAGCCAAUCGAGUCCCCCAAUUGAAAAUAUGAACGGUGUCGAUCUUCUCAAAGUUUUCCUCGAUAAAUCCACGCCGCAUAUUCAAGAUUUCAUCGACAAGGCGAAGAAGGUCAACUACAGUAUCAAAAACAGUCCCAGGGAAGAAAGGGGUUUGGUUGAUUGUGUGGAGUUGAUGGAGUUAUCAAUGGACAGAGUCAUUGGAUCUAUUGAGGCUCUUGAGGUCCAAUCCAUUGCAGAAGCCCAUGCAUGGCUAAGUAGUGUGCUAACUAACCAUGUCACAUGUUUUGAUGGGCUUGAAGGGCUUAGCAGGUCCUUGAUGGAGCUCAAUCUGGAAAACCUGAUAUCAAGAGCAAGAACCUCUUUAGCCAUACUUGUUGCAGUUUUACCAACCAAAGACAAUACUGUGAUGGAGCCAUUGAAGGAAGAUGGAGAUUUCCCUUCAUGGGUUACAAGUAGGGAUCGGAAGAUUUUGGAGUCACCGGCUGAUGAAAUCAAAGCCAAUAUUGUGGUGGCUAAGGAUGGGAGUGGGAACUACAAGACUGUUAAAGAGGCCGUGGCAGCAGCACCAAAUAAAAGCAAGACUAGGUACAUAAUACAUGUGAAGAAGGGGACUUACAAAGAGAAUGUUGAGAUUGAGAAGAAUAAGAUUAAUCUGAUGCUUGUUGGUGAUGGCAUGAAUUCUACAGUCAUUACAGGCAGCCUCAAUGUCGUUGACGGAUCAACAACCUUUAAAUCUGCCACUGUUGCUGCUGUUGGUGAUGGGUUCAUGGCCCAAGACAUAUGGUUCCAAAACACAGCUGGCCCACAGAAGCAUCAAGCAGUGGCGCUACGCGUCAGUGCCGAUAAAUCCGUCAUUAACCGCUGCCGCAUUGACGCUUACCAAGACACGCUCUACACCCACAGCCUCCGUCAAUUCUACCGAGACUGCUAUAUCACCGGCACGGUCGACUUUAUAUUUGGUAACGCAGCAGUUGUGUUCCAAAAGUGUAAGAUUGUACCCAGAAAGCCCAUGAGUAAUCAUGCCAAUAUGGUUACGGCCCAAGGACGAACAGACCCAAACCAAAACACAGGGAUCUCGAUCCAACAAUGUGAUAUAAUUGCAAGCCCAGAUCUUGAGCCCGUUAAGGGUUCAAUCAAAUCAUAUUUGGGCCGGCCUUGGAAGGAGUAUUCCAGGACUGUCGUUAUGCAGUCCUACAUUGGAGACCAUAUUGAUCCAACUGGUUGGUCACCAUGGGAUAAGGAUUUUGCAUUAAAGACUCUGUAUUAUGGAGAGUACAUAAAUAAGGGACCAGGAGCUGGUACUAGCAAGAGAGUGAAAUGGCCAGGUUACCAUGUCAUUACUAGUGCAACAGAGGCACAAAAAUUCACAGUAGCUGAAUUGAUUCAAGGAGGGUCAUGGUUGAAAUCUACUGGAGUUUCCUAUGUAGAGGGACUGUGAAUGUAGUUUAUGUUAAUUUCUUAAUAAUGGUUUUUCUUGUAGAAAAUAAUUUUGUGAAAAGCUGACCUGCAGAUUUCUUUAACAGGUAAUGGAGAAAUAUAUGUCAAUGUUGAAAUCUAA